AUGUCUCAUCAUCAGAAUGCGAGUCUCCUAUCCAAAUUAGCCUUUGGUGACAAACACGGAGAAGCAUCACCCUACUUCGACGGCUGGAAAGCUUACGACAAGAAUCCUUACCAUCCAACUCAUAAUCCACAAGGUGUUAUUCAAAUGGGUCUCGCCGAGAAUCAACUUUGUUCAGAUUUGAUCAAAGAUUGGAUAAAGGAAAAUCCACAUGCAUCUAUCUGCACGGCGGAGGGAAUUGACUCUUUCUCCGACAUCGCUGUUUUUCAAGAUUAUCAUGGUCUCAAACUAUUUACACAGGUGAUUGCGGCGUUUAUGGAGAGAGCGAGAGGCGGAAGGGCGAGGUUUGAGGCGGAGAGGGUGGUGAUGAGCGGAGGAGCCACCGGAGCAAAUGAGACGCUCAUGUUCUGUCUUGCUGAUCCCGGCGAUGCUUUUCUCGUCCCUACUCCUUAUUAUGCCGCAUUCGACAGAGACUUAAGGUGGAGAACUGGAAUUAGAAUAGUACCUGUGGAGUGUAACAGCUCGAACAAUUUCCAGAUUACAAAACAAGCCCUAGAUUCAACGUACCUUACAGCCCAAGAAACUGGUAUCCCUAUCAAAGGCUUGAUUCUUGCCAACCCAUCAAACCCUCUUGGAACAACUGUCCAUCGAGAAACUCUUGAAACCAUUGUCAACUUCAUCAACGACAAGCAAAUUCAUUUAGUCUGCGACGAAAUCUACGCAGCCACGGUUUUUACUGAGCCGGGGUUCAUCAGUGUCGCAGAGAUCAUCCAAGAGAUGGAUCAUGUUAACCGAGACCUGAUUCAUAUUGUUUACAGUCUCUCAAAGGACAUGGGUCUGCCCGGUUUCCGGGUUGGAGUGGUUUACUCUUACAACGAUGCUGUUGUGUCCUGCGCAAGGAAGAUGUCGAGUUUUGGACUUGUCUCGUCGCAGACACAAAGUUUUCUAGCUGCUAUGUUGUCCGACCAGAGAUUUGUCGAUAACUUUCUUGUUGAAGUUUCGAAAAGAGUAGCGAAGAGACACCGUAUAUUCACGGGAGGGCUUAAAGAGAUAGGAAUUUCUUGCUUGAGAAGUAACGCCGGUUUAUUCGUCUUGAUGGAUUUAAGACCGAUGCUUAGAGAUCAAACUUUUGAGUCCGAAAUGGCUCUUUGGCUAGUGAUUAUCGACAAGGUCAAGAUUAAUGUCUCUCCUGGCUCAUCGUUUCACUGCUCUGAGCCAGGUUGGUUCCGCGUCUGCUUUGCUAAUAUGGACGAAGACACACUCCAAACUGGACUUGAGCGAAUCAAAGACUUUGUGGUUGGAGAUGAAGCCUACAAGAAAUGUAAAUGCAUUUGCAACAACAAAAAGGAGAACAAGAGACGUAAGAAUUUUCAAAAGAAUCUCAAGUUGAGUUUCUCUUCAAUGAUCUACGAUGAACAUGUUAGGUCACCAAAGUUGAUGUCCCCUCAUUCACCAUUGCUCCGAAUUUAA